AUGCCACUACCAUCAUCUCCAAACGGUACUCUUCUUUCCCAAUUAUCAACAACCUUAUCUCCCGUCAUCGAGCGAUCCAAGAAACAAUUGACAGAAUCAGUUUCUACCAUAAGUCUGGCUUUGCCCGAAAGUUUGUCAUCUGGAAUUGACACUGCAGUCAGUGUGGUGAAACAAGGUGGUUCUAUCCUCAACACAGUAUUGAACUAUAAUGCUCCAGGUUCAGCGCUCAUGAUGACAUAUGAAGAUACACAUGACAAUGAUCAGCCCGAUUCUGUAUCUGGAUCUGAAUCAGAACCUGAACUCGCUUCUUCAUCAGAAUUUCCAAGUAGGGUCGAGGAGCCUUUCAGCCAGGACACCAGGCAUAAUGAUGGUUUCGAACCUGCAUUUAUUGAAGGAGCCAAAUAUCGAAAUCGAUUUGACGCAAAUACCUCAGAGUCAAUAGAAGAUGAACCUUCUCCUGAAUCCUUUCUGAGAAUGAUACAGGUUACUCGAGAAAGAGUGAAUUUCCCAAGUAAAGGAGCUGCUCGACUGAGAGUCAACAGGUCCGGCGUUACUUCCAAGACAUCAGGUCAGAGCGACGACAAAGAAACAAGAGUUACACGAAAGACUGACAAGAAGGAUAAGAACUCAACGACCAUUGGUCGAAAGCCCUCAGCCGACUCCGAACCAGCAAGUAUUCUCACUGCUGAGCUUCCUGAAACAGCCAAUGACACUACGGCAACUUCGCGUCAUCAGUCAAGUUUUGCGAAUAGGUCUAAACAUCGGGACGUGAAAAAAGAGCCAAAGGGCAAAGGUAAAGCUACCGAAUCUGCCUCUUCCACGUCCAACCUCGCUGCCACGACUCGCAACAUGAUUUCACAGAAAAUCGAUUCUGGGGGAGCUGAGAAAAACAAUGAUGGGAGUUUAGAUCAAAGUCAGGAACCUGGAUGGCUUUCGCAUGAAGGUGCAAGAUUUUUGAGAGGAGAGAGAUGA